AAUGUUACAUGAGUUAGUUUGAAUUUUCAUUAUAUGCUGGAUCAACAUACGAACUAUUAUUUUGGUGUAAUGUUAUAAUUAUUACUAUAUGCUGAAUGAGAUUCGAUAUAAUUUAUAAUUAUAUGAACAAUAUAAAUAUUUUUUUAUAUAUCCGAACUUAAUUAGAAUAAAACAAUCGGAUCAUUAAUUUUCAACUCACUUAUUCGACCGGGUUAGCGGGUAAACCGAGUUGACAACCUUGCUAUUAGACCCCGCGCUUUAAUUGAAUGCAUGCAUUUUUCCACAAUCAGAGGAGAUAAUGCAAGCCCGAAAUUCCAAAUCCCGACAGAAGCUCCCUUCUGGCCCGGAACAGAGGGAAGAUUCACACAAACUCUUGGAAAAAAAGACAAAGACGCUCGUUUACUAGGAUUCCAUAAAUAUUCCGAAUGAAAAAUGGCAGGCUACUCAAAGCUCAAUCACGAGCCCCAAACUUUCUUUCACACCGACAAGAUUUUCUUCCUUGUUUGUUGCUUCUUUCUUUCUUCUUAUAAAUUGGGAUUCUAUUCAUGGUGUGAAUCGUCUAUGGGUUCUGAAAGGAAGAAAAAGAUUGCCGUGAACCCAGAAAGAGAAUCCCAUUUUGUUGCGCGACGUCAAUCCGGCGGCCGAACUUCCAGCGAAGACAGAGAACUGCUCCUUCCAAGUAACCUGGACGGUGGCUCCCGUUUGCCGGUGGGUCAAUUUCACCGGAAAGAUCAGAUUUUUGAGCAGAAUCCAAUGGAAAAGCUAGAAGGGACCGGCUCCGACAAGGAGGGCAGGCAAGAUUAUACACAGGAUGGGACUUUGAGCCUCCGUGGGAAGCCUGUGUUGAGAUCAAGGACCGGGGGGUGGAAAGCUUGUUCCUUUUUUCUUGGGUAUGAAGUGUUUGAGAGGAUGGCGUUUUAUGGGAUAGCAUCAAAUUUGGUGAUCUAUUUAUCAGUGAAGCUUCAUGAAGGCACAGUGAAGUCUUCCAACAAUGUCACCACCUGGACUGGCUCUGUGUGGAUGUUCCCCAUUCUCGGAGGUUACAUCGCGGAUGCUCACUUGGGUCGAUACUGGACCUUUGUCAUUGCAGCAGCCCUCUACCUUCUGGGAAUGUCCCUCUUAACCUUGGCAGUUUCAGUGCCUGGACUCAGACCCCCGACCUGUGGGAAUGGAAUCAACGAAACACAAUGUGAACAAAGCGUCUCGAGUUUCCAAAAGGGGAUUUUCUAUUUCGCAUUGUACACGGUUGCACUUGGAGCUGGUGGAACAAAACCAAAUAUAUCCACAAUGGGUGCAGACCAGUUUGAUGAUUCUGAUCCCAAGGAAAGGCAUUACAAGAUAUCAUUCUUUAACUGGUGGUUUUUCGGCAGCUUCUUUGGCGCCCUCAUUUCCAACAGCCUCUUGAUCUACGUACAAGACAAUGUUGGUUGGACCCUAGGCUACGGUCUGCCAACACUUGGCCUUGCGGUUUCCAUCUCUUUGUUCCUUAUAGGAACACGGUUUUAUAGGCACAAAUCGAUUGCUGGGAGUCCAAUCACUAAAAUGUCGCAGGUUAUUGUUGCUGCUGUCAGGAAAUGGAGAAUACCUGUUCCUGAUGAUCCGAAACAGCUUUAUGAGUUCGCGCCCGAAUCUCACUAUUACAGACUUGAUCAUACAGCCACUUCAUUAAGAUUCCUUGAUAAAGCUGCUGUUAUGACGGGAUCAAGCUCUACAUGGAUGCUCUGUCCAGUGACUCAAGUUGAAGAAACGAAGCAAAUGAUCAAGAUGCUCCCGGUUAUGGCAAUCACUAUAAUACCCAAUACCAUAAUAGCCCAAAUGAACACAUUAUUCAUCAAGCAAGGCACCACUCUCAACAGAAGCGUGGGGCCUGAUUUUGAGAUCCCUCCAGCAUGUCUAUCAGCAUUUGUCACCAUUUUCAUGCUGGUAAGCCUCAUCACUUACGAUCGCUGGUUCGUGCCAUGGCUUGAACAGUACACAAAGAACCCCCGGGGGAUCACUUUGCUAAAAAGAAUGGCGAUUGGCUUUGUGUUGCACCUCGUCAUCAUGGUGACAGCCUGUCUGGUUGAACGAAAAAGGCUGUGUGUUGCCAGAGAACACCACAAACUGGGUCAGCACGACCAAGUGCCUCUCAGCAUCUUUAUCCUGUUGCCCCAGUUUGCUCUGGUGGGGGUUGCGGAUUGUUUCCUUGAACCUGCAAAGCUCGAGUUCUUCUAUGACCAAGCACCAGAAGGCAUGAAGAGCCUGGGCGCCACGUACUUCUCGACCGGCCUUGGGCUUGGGCAGUUCUUUAGCAGUUUCCUUUUGGCAACAGUUUCUGAUAUCACCAAGAAGGGUGGCCACAGUGGGUGGAUUCUGGAUAACCUGAAUAUCUCUCAUCUCGAUUACUACUACGCAUUCUUGGGUCUUCUGGGGCUCCUCAACUUCCUUGUAUUUCUGGUGGUGGCUAAAUUUUUCGUUUACAAUGUGGAUGUGAACUCCACAGGAAGCGGAAAAUUAGACGUGGUAGCUCUGCCAGGCCAAACCACCAGCUAACUCUAUAACUUCAAUAGAAGACGAUUAAUCUAUGUGGAAAUAAGACCAAUGAGUAGUGUUUUGUAUGUUCUUCCUUGCUCCAUGGCACAGCUCAAAAAUCAGGACUUUGGUAUUUUAAAGAAGAAUUUGUUUGUCAAAUAUGCAUAGUUUUUGUUUGCCUUGCACGAAAAAGAGCCAGAAUAGACAUCAAGGAAUGUGGCCGAAGUGAGAUUCUAGUGUUCUUUGUGUCUACCCUUGGCCUAGCUGUAAGCAUCUAUUGAUUGUAACCUUUGUGCCUUUCUUCUAAACCUCUCUCCAACUAAAAUCUGAACAGAGGCAUCGUAAUUGUAUAUGACUGGCAAAACUCUGUGAAAAGGCUGUCUCACAACUCGUUUCCUUCCGCGAUAGCAAGAGGAGUAUAGAAAUCUUCUUGGCAGCCUGACUUUGAACCAACAUGAUUUUGUGUUCCUUUUAACGUAAGAAGCUAACCUUCUUUGAUCUGUAGUCAAGUGUAGUGCAGCAGGGACGGCUGCUCCAUCAAUAUUUGUAUCCAUAUGGCCGAGCAAACUCGAAAUGACAUAAGAUGGUAGAUUAUCAGCCCUGUUUCCACUAAGAUCCAGUUUCGAUUCCGAAAAACUCCUCUCGUCGCUCUAAAUUCUGGGUUAACAACGGACACGAAUCUCUUUCGGUUCGUCCAUUCUUUUAUUGUAGUCCAUCCAAUGUCUAUGGUGGAUGGUUGAGCCUAAAUGAGGAAGGUUUUUGCCAUGACUUUCAUCUCACGUCACCUGUGACACACAUAUGACUGAGACUGCCAUUCUAAUUCUACUUAGUUGUUUAUAUCUGCAGGGUCAAUGCGUUUAGUAGAGCUCUCUAGAUGCAACUUUAUGGAGGUCAAGGCAGAGCCAAGCCCAAGUAAGUCACAGUAGUAAUACUGCUGUCUGUAGCUACUUCGUGGAGCUCGUCCCCCAUUGACAAAUUGCUCGCUUUGAUUUCUUCAACUUUAACCUUUCUCGUCCUUAGAAUAGAGGCAAAUAGUUUAGAACAAUAUGGGGAAGAACGGCAACAACGAACACUUGGGUGAUGAAAAAUCGAUCCCAUAAUGCACACCUUACACCAUCAUUUACAGGAAGACUGAGAACAAAGGAAGAAACAAACAAACAAAUAUUCGAAUACUUUGACUCAUGGCGGACAGUUUGAUUCGUGUUUUCUGGCUUGAAGUGCAUUGGAUCUCAUUGUAGCUGUUCAGUUUCAGUAUAUCUCUCUUUCUCUUUCAUUGAUACGGUUUGGCCAAAUUUGGGAACCUUUUCUUGUUCAAUCACUCGCUGUUCAAUGGUCGCAGGAGAUGGAAUCAAAAUGGAAGGACUUC